AUGCUAGGACUAGCAGGAGCUUUCGUCAGCAUACCUGACGAGAUAUUGGACGCAAUCCUUGUGAACAUAAGGUCCGGCUCGGAAUUGAAAAAGCUGGCAUUGGUUUGUCGACGCUUCAACCGCUUAGUUCAGCGUCGGCUAUGGACAGUAGUACAUUUGGACCUUGAUAGGCUUGCUGCGUUCUCUGUCUUCUCGCCGAAAAGCUAUGAUGAGAUGAUGGAUACCGGCGACAAAGCCAGAUCUUUGACGUAUGAUGAAGACUUUGCGGGCGCCUUGACACCGAAACAGGCUAUCAUUGCAAGCAAAGUCAACAUAUCCAUCGACAAAGCUCGAGGGGUGGCGGACAAGUUUGACAUGGCCGCCUUCUUCUCCUGUUUUCCGCAAAUGAACGCGGUGAGCUUCGAUUUGGCAAACUUAAGGCUCUGCGUCCCACCAGACAUGAACAUUCGCUCUGUGGCCAUCCGUCUGAUGAGGGAUCGAGAUGAUGAAUGCCCACCCGGUGAUCGAGCUGUUCUUUCAUUUCCCAAUAUUCGGAAUCUGCAUUUAAGCGCCAUUGGACGCUGUUCUGGCUGGGAGAAUCUUGAGCAGCAACUGCGCCAGAGUGGCGCACUACCAAAACUUAAGAGCAUCGCUUUCGUGGGUAGUGUACCCAUGACGCGGCGUACCAUUGAAGAAUCAGUCAAUCUAGAUUCUCUGCGUCUGGAACAGGAAUUCAUCGAAUCAAGCGUUUUGGAUCCCAAUCGCCAUACCCUGCGGUAUCUUGCCCUCAUACAGCCACUAAGACAAAGUAACAAUUUUAGUAGCAAACUUGUAUACAUGCGCCAGUGGACUUUCAGCUCCUUCGUCUCUCUGAGAACUUUGGUCAUACCUGAAGACCCCUUUCUUCUUCAUUGCCGGCUUUUCGAAGUCCUUCCUACCCAAUUAGAGACAUUGCAGCUUCAGUCUCCGCAGUGGAUGCGAGUGCCUCAAUUCUCGUCGCAGCAAUUCGCGCUGCGGCAGCGAAAGCUCCGUCAGCUCAUCACGGACAAGUCACUGAGCCCUGGGUCGCAAUUGAAAGUUAUCAUAUUUUGGUUUCAUAUACUAGAAAGGCAAAUGAAACGGAAUGAGGCGAGUACGGGUGUGAGAGAUCUUGAGGAUGAGUUUAGAAGGGCUGGUAUGAGUUUCAAGUGGACCAACGCUCUCUUCUUCGAAGAAUCACCGGCUGGCUGGAGACAUGGUACUUGA